AUGAAAGUCAAAGACACUCAGCCUGAAUCGGUCGUGCCUGAGAAGGUGAAGGAUGAGACUUCGGUGGCCAGCUCCCUCCCCCCGGCCGAGGACGAGCCGAUCCCCCAUUUGCACGCAAAAACGUUUUUGACCGUCUUUGCCGUUUGCACUGUCUAUUUUGCCCAGCUUGUGAACGUGGUCGGAGCCGGAGCACAAGCACAGAAGAUCGUCGAGGUCGUCGGUGGCAACACCAACAGCGUCUGGCUGACAUCGACAAUUGCCAUCCUGACGGCGGUGCUGUCGCCCAUCGUCUCGCAGGCGGCAGACUACUGGGGCCGCCGCUGGUUCCUGAUCGUGCUGACGCUCUGUGGUGUCGUUGGCUCCAUCGUGGUCGCCCGGGCCGACAGCAUCGGCAUGGCCAUUGCCGGUUUCACCGUCUCCGGCCUUUCUUAUGGCGCCCAACCGCUGCUGCAUGCCGUCGCGUCCGAGGUACUACAGCGUCGCCACCGGCCAUGGGCCCAGGGCUUGACCAACCUGUCAGCAGCCCUCGGCGGUGUCGUUGCUCUGCUUGUCGGCGGCGCCAUGACGCGCAACAGCAAUGCCGCCGGCUUCCGGAACUUCUGGUACAUGGCUACGGCUAUCUUUUUUGUCGCCACCGUUCUUGUUGCCCUGCUCUACAACCCGCCCAGGACGGCCAACCAGACCGAUCUUACGCUCGGCCAAAAGCUCGGCCGCCUCGACUGGGUCGGCUACAGCCUUCUCUGCAGCGGCCUCGUACUCUUCUGCAUGGGCCUCUCCUGGUCACAGAACCCGUAUCCGUGGUCCAAUCCCCACACGUCUGCCACCUUUGCCGUCGGACUCGCCCUUUUCCUCGUCCUCGUCGCCUAUGAGACCUGGUUCAAGACCGACGGCAUGCUGCACCACGGCCUUUUUGGCCAUCGCAACUUCGCCAUCGCUCUACUUUGCGUCUUCGUCGAAGGCCUCGUCUUUUUCGCUGCUAACAAUUAUUUCGCCUACGAGGCCGGCGUCAUCUACGAGACUGAUACCCUACAUGUCGGCCUCCGCUACACCGUCAACAUGCUCGUCUACGGUGCCAGCGCCAUUUUUGCCGGAUUCUACUGCUCCUCCACCAAAAAUGUCCGCUGGCCGGCUGCCUGUGCCUUCACCUCCAUGGUCAUUUUCUUCAUCCUCAUGGCUACCGCUACCCCCUCGGCUGCCAGCUCUCGCAACGUCUGGGGAUACCCCGUCUUUCUCGGUAUCGGCCUGGGCAUCGCUCUCUGUGCCCUCGUCACCAUUGCACAGCUGUCGACGCCGCGUGAACUCAUCGCCAUCACCAGUGGCCUCAUGAUUGGCACUCGCUCUCUGGGCGGCUCUGUUGGCCUUGCUAUCUGGCACCUGAACUCUCGUCUGGGCCCGAAUAUCGCUGCAGCUGUGCUGCCUCUUGGCCUGCCCGAGUCAUCGCUCGCCGCGUUCAUUACCAAUCUCUCUAACCAGAACACUGCUGGCCUGCUCACCGUUCCCGGUGUGUCAACUGAAAUCAUCCUGGCGGCCGUUAGUGCCCUAAAGGAAACCUACAGCGUCGCAUUUCGUUGGGUCUGGACGGCUGCCGGUGCCUUUACUGUUAUUGCCGCUAUUGGCGCCACCUUUUUGAUUGAUCCCAAAAAGGAGUUCAAUAAUCACAUCGACGCCCCGGCCGAAAACGCAGAGGAGCUCUACAACUGA